AUGGGACGGGCCAAAAGAGGUGGCCCGGGUGGGCGGAGCUAUCCUUGGUUAAAUCUCUGCAAAAGCAAUUCUGAAUUGAGAAAGUUACUGCCAGCUUAUUUUUCGAAAAUCGCACACAAUCAUACAAUUGUGUGCACUAGAAGUAGUGGAAUGAAUACCACUGUGAUAUCGAAUGCUGUAUGUAGCUCUUCCGAAACCCAACAGGACGCUUUAAGAGAGAUAAGUAACAACUUAGCUGCUGGAAAAGUAAGAAAGAGUGAUGCUACUUCACAGAGUUCGCUUUAUCAUAUCGAUGAAGAUGCUACUACAAAGCUGCACCAACUGAUAAACUUUUCACUGAUCUCUAAGUCAUUGAAUUUAAGUCCUAUACAAUGGAAGUCCGUACCACAGCUUUAUGGGAUCAAGCAUAAGCAUAACUCCGCAAUUUGUGGUGUUAUCAUUAAGAAGAAGAAGAAGGGCAGGAAGUCGUCGAAAGCCCUAUCAUCUGAACGUACACCAUUGCAUAAAUGUAAAGAGAAAAAGAAAUCGGAGGAAACUGCACGGUUAUCUCAGUUGGCUGAAGCUCACACUGAUUUUCGGGAGCAAUCUGAUACCAUUCAAAAUGUCGAGUCGAAAACUGAAAGCCACAAGUUACCAACUUCAACAGAUGGUAACUUGUCGGAAGAUUCAACUGUCACUACUGCAGUUGGAAAGCGCCAACGUCGUCUUACAGCGAAAGCUGCUGAAGCAAUCGCAGAAGCAACUCUCAGAAGGCACCGUAAAACCUUGACAAGUUCUUGCAGCAAAGGUAAAAUUAUGUCAGAUGACGAACAUGUUGUAUCAGAGAAUGAAAAAAAAACAGCUGAUGCGUCUAAAACAGCCAAUGAAGUCGAACCAGUUUCUGUGGCUGAUCAUGUUAGUCAACUUGAUUCAGUCGUCAAAAGUCCAUUCAGUCACACUACACCUUUGGUAGACAAAGAAAAAGUCGAGCCAGAAGUGAAAAGUUCGCUUUUGGACAUAGCUGCAGAUGAGACAAACACUGAGAUUUUAUCUACUGUAACUCCUGUAGUAGAAGAGCGUAAUUUCAUAUCGAAAACCACAGGCCAUAAAACACCACUUCUACCUGAUACACCAAAUUCAGCAAAAAAUAACGAGUCUCUCAACCCUAACAAGGAUGAGAGUUUUAUUGAGACCACGGUUGUUGACGUCACUGCUAGAGAUCAACCCGAUUAUCUAGUAACCAACACAUGUGAAAUCAAAUCUUUAUCUGAUGACCCUGUUGAAUCGAAAAAUAAUGAUGAGUCGGUGAAUUCUCUCCAAGAUCUUGUAAUUAGAGAAUCUGUUCAAGUUUUUGAUACGAGCACAUCUAAGCAACAGGGCUUAAUAGGCACAGUCGAAAACCUAAGCAACAACAUUGAACCCUCCCCCAGGAGCUUUGUGCAACUGAAAAGUGAGGUUUCAGACGGAGUUUCAGAUGAAUUAGACCGCAAAACAACAAUCGCUGAAGAAAUACUAAUUCAGACUGAUAUCCAGGCGGUCACGGAAGGAAAUGAAUCUGAAGCUUUGGAUAAAGAAAACGAUAGUGUUGAAACUGAGGAGGCUAGGAAUAUUGACCAACCUUCUGAGUUAGAAUAUAAUGAUCAAGAACAGCCUGAAGUAAAUAAUGAAACUGACAGAAAUGUAGAAUCUAACUCAGUGGAUGAUUCUGGGAGUACACCACCGAUGAAGUUUGAUGUUCACAAUCCUCCUGUUAUCAAAACAGUCAAGCCUAGAGCCCAUAAGCGUAGUCCGUCUCCAGGCGAUGCACCUAUUAUUCGAAGCAAACGUCGUCUUAAAGUUAAUCAUCGUUUUCUGGAUGAUUUUGAUGGUUACUUAGGUUUCAUAAAAGGUGGACAUCGAAGUAGAGCUUCUUCUGAAGUAAGUAAUGGUUCUGAGGGCAGUAGUAAUCGAACUACUGAACACUCUACACGACAUUCCCACAGAACUUCAAAGUCUCGUCUGCUCUCAUGGUAUAAUAAAAAGCAUUCCAAUGAAAAAAUAAAGAAAACUAGUGUGUUGGAGAAUCCAACUAAAUCGUCCAAAGGAGACAAAUCAAAUGAUAGUCAUAAUACUAAUAGCAAACAAGAAGAGAAAUGUGGAAACCGACCAGUUACAGGACUUAGACCUCGUGUCAAGCAAGUUAGUAGACCAUCUCUUAAUCGUGAAGAUAGUCGUUAUUCGUCAACUUUCUCCGCUAUGGUGCACGCUGCUCGGUUAGCUGCAGUUGGUGCCAAAGUUCCUGGAGGUGUUAGCCCUGUGCAUGCAGCUUUAGCCGCCUCUGCUGCUCAUUCAAACAGGAUGAAAGAGAGACGUUCUGAUGCAAAGCAUAAUGAUUUGAAUGUAAAUGGUCAAGGAGUAAUACCACAUAGUACGUUUCAUCCUAGUAAACCAGUUUCUACUGCUCAAAAUUCAACCCACUUACCAAAGCGAUGUGGACAAUGCCCAGCUUGUUUGGGUCUUAUUCAGCCUUGUGGACACUGUAGUGACUGUCGCUUAGUAGAUAAUAAUGAUCCACGACGUAGACCUUGCAGAGAACUCAUAUGCUUUAGGCGUCGUGCUGCUGUUGCCGCUGCAGAUCAGAAUCUGAAGACAGGCCCAAGAGUUAAAUUUCCAUCAAACUACCCAUCACCUGGUUCUAGCUCUAGUUUACCUAUAUGCGGAUAUAAAGGAGCCCUGUCGAAUAAUAUGGUCAGCCAUGCGAGUAAUCGAAGUGCAUUACAUAGAUCUGACAAUGAACCUGAUGAAUCGGUUAGUUUUCUGCGAACUGUUCCAGGAUUGGCACAAAAACUGGAGUUAGAUGCGUGGUUACCUCCUGUGAAUUCUCAAAAAAUGCAUACUAGUGGAGUUAAUCCAUCAUAUCACCGUAAGCAAAAGCAUGCUGGGAAGAAUCUAAAUGUUGGCCCCGAACUUCAAGUAACUCCUGUUCGUGGUGGAGAUUUGGGUAUGCAUUUCAUUUCUAGUAUUGAAGAAAAUGAUGACAACGAAGAUCUCGAUCGUGUACGACCAGUUGAAGGGGAAGUUAUUGACAGUGAAUUAGCAACGCGUGGAGGCUACGCAGUUGUAACUACUCUAGCUGCUGCUCCGCCUAAAGAAAUCUGUUAUGCGUGUGGUAGCGGCGGAGGUCAGCUGUUGUUUUGUGUAUCCUGUGCUGAGCCUUUUCAUUUUUAUUGCGUUGAACGGCAAUUCAGACCACGUAAAAAAGAACAUUUUAUAUGUCGAAAUUGUACAACAUGUAAAGUUUGCCGUCGUCCAGCUUCUGAUCUACGCUGUAUACGUUGUUCCGUCGGUUAUCAUCCAGAUUGUUUACUUGAUUUUCCACCUGCUAAGACUAGUCAAAGAGGUUGCUGGACAUGUCCAGAGUGUUCAGUUUGUCUACAUUGUGGAGUUAGAGCUUGUAAACCAGCUGAGACAUCUGACGUUGGUACAUCUUCAAUAGUUCGUGGGAAUUAUACACCCUGGUCACUCGAAACCAACAAGUGUGCUGCAUGUAGCCAAGCUGAAUCUCGAGGUGAUCUUUGUCCAGAGUGCGAUCGUGCUUAUUUACCGAGUACAAAACAAAUGGUUCAGUGUGAUAGUUGUCAGCUUUGGAUACAUCGAACCUGCACAAAACUAACUGUUGACGAAUAUGAACUCAUUGCCAGAAUGCCAGCCGGACAGUUGAGCAAGUUUGUUGUUAUCUGUUCUGUUUGCCAAAAAGAACAAAAGUCCCAACAAAAGUCAAAUUCCUCUCGUAGUAAUAAUCCUUCAAAGCAAUCUGACUUUCAAGAUCAAAGUGGAACGGAUAUGACUGAAAACACUGAUGAGGACAAUGAAGGAAUGAAUAACAGGAAUACGAAUUCCCCAAAUAGCGUUGCACAUCAACUACGAAUGUUAGCACAAGAUACACUUCUGGAGAGAAUGGCAGGUUUAGUACAGAACUGCUGUAGGCCCAGUGAACAUGAUCAGAAUGCUGCUUCAUCAAUCAAUUCACCAUCUUCAGUUUCCGUUCACAGUCCAACUCAUAUGACAGCUAGUUCUGGUGGAAAAUCUCCAGGAUUGGGCAGUAGUGUAAAUAAUAAAAAUGAGCAUCCAACCAGACAAUGCUUACCUCAGUAUGACGGGGUAUGUGAUUCCGAUUCUGGAGAUGAGCUAACUGCUGCAGUUGAGGCUGCUGCUUCCUUAUGGAAUCCUUUGGUUGAGCCUUCUAAAAUUACUCCCACCUCUGAAAAUCCCGGCCUUUUACCUUCAAUCAGUAUCAACAAUCAAUCAUGUGAAAUUGUUUGUGAUACUCUUAGUACUUCUGGCAUAUCUUCGGAUCCAGUUAGUGUAUCGUCUAAUUUAACCUCACAACCGUUUCAGACAAACACUUUGAGUUUGACAUCACCUAUGGACUCUAUUAGGAACUCUGGUAAUGCAGUUUCAAGUGAAAUAUCUGUUUUACCCAUCCAACCAUCGCCGCUUACUGUUAACACUGGAUAUAAAACUGAAUUCAGUCCAUUGCAGCCUAAUGUUCAUUCAGAAACUGCCUUACGUGAAUGUUAUCCAAAUUCCAGUCGUCGACGAUACAGUUCAUCAAGCUCGUCAAGUUCACGCCAAAUAAUUGUUCCUGCCCCACCAAUCAGUGCUCUUUGGCUCGUUGAUAAUGAAUCGGAGGAUAUUUGGACUAGUCCGCGUUCAUUGGUCUACCGUAUACUAACAAGAAUUCUACGUCGUUUAUCUGCACAUGCAGUCAGCUCCGAAGCAGCUGGUAUAUUGAGAAAACUUCUGUGUUGGUUCACCUCUGUAACACAGGCUUUCUUCCCUUGGCUUAAUGUAACUGAAAUGGCUAGUGAUGUUCGUGAUAUUCUACGUCAAUCCAAUGGUAAAUUUAGUGAUGUCGUUAAACAUUUCCAAGAACUUUCUCUAAUUGAACUGCAUGAACUUGUUUGUCCAGUUAUUGCUCGAUUGAGUGAAAAUUGUUCGCGUGUACGAAAUUCGAUGUCUGAUCAAACAGUUUAUAGUGUCAGAAACAUUUCAACAUGUUAUCUACACAUUCGAGAACAUUUAAAAGAAUACCAUCUAAAUUAUCAAUUGAAUGAAUCCACGGAAUUGGAUCCUUUAGAAGUUACUAAGCAGUUUGUAGCUGUGUGUAAACGCUCUCGUUGUCGGCGUCCGCAUGAAGUAGAGAUGUUCGAACAAAUGAAACAAAGUGCUCGCGAUGAUCGAUGGAUUGAAUACUGGUCUUCAAUUGAAGAAGAAAUGGUCGUGAAGAAGUUCCAAAAUCAUUUGAUCAAGUUGUACAGAAAACGUCUUCAUAAGUUACCAGCUCUACCAUCACCAGAUCAAAAAUCUUCUGAUCAGGAGGUUGCCAAUAAGUUGAGUGAAAACGGAGAAAGUAAUGAUUUGAAUAUGCAUAAUUCCGACAUACCUUUGACACCACUUCUGCUACUGGAAAAUGAUGAGAAUGAACCACCUAUUGACUCAUCAGUUGUUGAUUCUGGUCGUUUUUAUUUUGCUUUGGAGGAAUUUUGGAAUGAAGACGAAAUAAGAAAACCACUUAUUUUGCCUAAGAAGAUCCCAUCCCAGCGUUUUGUUGAUCUCGAUGAAGAAGAAGAAGUAAAUCAGAAGAUUGCUGAUGAUGCUUUGCGUAAACAUUUGGCUGAUGAUUGUGAAGACGAGGAUUCUAGACGUUGCUUGUUAUGUGGCUAUCAUGGAGACGAUAAUAUUGAAGGUCGUUUAUUAUACACAGGGUCAGAUACUUGGGUGCAUGUAAAUUGUGCAUUGUGGUGUAAUGAUGUUUAUGAGGAGGAUUCUGGUGAAUUGAUCGGUUUGUCAGAUGCCAUUCGUCGGGGUCGUUCUAGCAAGUGUGCCGAUUGUGGCAAAUAUGGUGCAACUCUAUAUUGUUCUAAUAUGAAAACUGAAGUGUGUCCUUUGUCUUUAUUGGCUUCAUCAAGCGAUUAUGAUUCAGAUUAUGUUGGAGCUGUACAUUUCUCUUGUGCUCUAAGGAGAUGCCCCCCGUCACCACGUUGUGUGUUUACUGCAGAUCGUUCUUGGUUUUGUUCUCCAGUUUGCCAUCAUACAACUAUGAAUCAACGUCUAUGUGAAGCUUUGUAUUCAUUAAGAAAGUCUUCUAAAACAAAUCGUGAUAAGAAGUUUAGUCGUCGUGAAUCAUGGGAUCAGUCAUCCGAUGAAGAGUUGUCGCCUGAUACAAUUAAUCCUGCUGACUUUGCUGAUCAUCCAGCAUUCACUUCAAUUGAAGAAACUAUUGCUGAUGAUUUAGAGCCGAUUAGUCUAGGAGAUUUGCUCGUUUGUCGUCGGGUAUUUGUUCCAUCUGAUUGCUUUGCUGCAUCAGUGUAUCCUCGGUCGAUAAAUACGGACAUCAUUCAAGACGUUUUUUUAAUGGAUGACGAUGAGCAUUCUGACCUAAUGAGAGCUGCUAAAGAAGCUGUAUCUGCUCUUGCUGUCUCACCGAAUUCGUUUGCUUUUCUUCAAAAUAAUGGAUUAUCUGCAAACAGUCUUGUUAUCACUAUUGGAUCUUUGCGUGUGGACAGAUUAGGGGAAGUUCGUGAAGCUUCUGACUCGUUAGCUAUGGCGAAAUGGAUUCCAGACUCUUAUGAAGAACGAAAUGCUAUCACACGGAGCAAUUAUUUGUGUCCUAUACAUUAUCGUGCACGGAGAAUUUACUGGAGCUGGUCAAAACUAGAUUCUCGUGUCCCGUAUACUCUUCAUGUGAGGCAAAAUCAAGCACUACAUACAUCUUCUGGUUAUAUUGAAGCAAAUCCUACUUCACGCCUGUCUCCUAUUGUGAUUACGAAUUCUAGCAAAUCGAUUUCAUUGUCUAAAAUGCCUGUGGUAAAUGCUACUAAUUUAACUCGUAGCCACAACACUCCUCGUCUAGUCAAUGUUGACAGUCGUAUAAGACUUCUGGCCCCUGCAUCGACCAAUAAGUCUUCACCAUAUUUUUAUGCUUCCAGUACUCUUACUCAUAAUAAUUUAGUUGGUAGCAGUAAUAAUUAUGGUGUUAAAAGCAAUAAUAUGACACUUUCUACAGUUCAAGAAUCAUCAAAAACCUUAACAGCUGUCCUGACUGGCGCACCGCCUAUUAUUUCGUCUUCAACUAUCUUAUUGAGUGAAUAUGAACCUCCUGUUUUAUUGAGUCGUCCUGUUGUCCAUAAUAAUACUGUUACAUGUUAUUCUACUAUACCAGUCAGCGGUUUUCAGAUUGUUACUAGUUCGAUAAAUAAUCCUGUUAGUCAAAGACAAAUGAUCCAAUCAUCUACUCUAACUCCUCAUAAUCCAUCCUUGAAAAUCAUUAAUACUGUAUCGCUUUCUACUCCAUCAUAUUUACAACAAAGUCAACAGCAUCAACUGUCAAGUCAACAGCCUUUAGUUCCACUUCAUAUGGCUCCUCAGGCAUCAGUUAAGAUCGGUGGUAGUAUGGUAGCACUUGAUAUUGUGAAUAGUAUGCCUAUGGAAUUAAGCUACAGAAUUGGAAUCAAUCCAACGACAGCAGCUCCUUCUAGCACACAACUUAGAGUUAAUAGUGUUAACAUGGUCCCUAUUAAGCAACAGUUACAACCACAACAAAAUCAUCUACUACAACUGCAGCAAUUACAACAAAAUAAACUUCAAGUAAACGCCUGUACUGGAAGAACCUUACUUCUUCCAAAUCUGUACCAGCCCAAUAUUAUUCCAGUCAAUAACUUAACAAUGCCUAAUACAAUAAUCCCUGUACAACAGAAUGGUCUUUCAUGUCCUAUCGGAACGAUGAAUCCUUUUCCUGUGAAUAUGAAUACAAACAAAUCUGUUACAUUAUCUCAUGGUGGACCCAAUGGAACCACAGUUAUACGUAUACAAAAUGUUCAUAGUAGCCAAAAAGGUGGAGGUCUACUAACUUCACCCACUAAAGAUGUACAGUUGGCUACUCACUUGGAUGGUUUAUUCCAUAACGUUUCUAUGGCUACAAGUCCGAAUAAACGAGGUGCUACAAGUACAACGAACUCACUAUCGCAAACUGGACGCCGACUACUACCUCAGCUCGAUGGUACUGGUGAUGAUGAUGACGGUCCAAAUUAUGGGUCUGAUCCCAUUCGUCGAUGUUCGUAUAAAACUCGGUCGUCAUCCUCACUGUCAUCAUCUAAUAGUUUAUCACAUAGAACUGCUGCUUCUGGACGUAGUAAAUCACAUUUCCCUAGCAAUCGUCUUGCUAAGAAUGAAUUGUUAUGUAAAGCGAACAAAAAGACUCGUACCACCAACAAAUCUGUAUCUCCAAAACCUGAAGGAAAACGACGUUGGAUUGAAGAUCGUAUCAGGCAACAGGAGUUAGCUCACUUAGUGUUAAAGGCUAAACAGGCCAGUCAUGCUCGUCUCUACCAGAAUGAGGUUGAAAAGCAUGUAAGAUCAUUUCGUCUUACUUUUUCAAUCGAUGGCGUAGUGCGUUCUACUAGUAGUCCGAUUGCUGCUUGGCGUUCAGUAAUAAUGCGUGUUUCGUCUCUACGCGAAAAGCACGGUUUGAAACCAUUAAUUUGUACAGCUAUUGAUGGAUGGUCACAGUUCGGUCUUAAUCAUCGUUACCUGAUAUUCUUGAUUGAACAAAUGCGUGGAGCAUUUCACUGUUAUCGGUAUAGAUUUCAAUAUCACUGGCAAAAAAUCGAUCGAUUACGUCAAAAGUUUACUCCUCCAGUACCAUGUUCUGAAGGCUGUGCACGAGCUGUCCCAUGGGAGAAACCCCGUCUGCCACGUAAUCAUGCUCGUGAUUCUCUUGCUUUCCUCCGCUGCAAAGCCAAUCCACCUCCGCGACCCUUGGUUAGUUCAAGCGAAGGUAAUGUACUUCCUUACCAAGACCCUUGUUUGGUUAAUACAAAUGAGCCAACUAAAUUAUUAUCUCCUAAUGAACAAGCCACUUGUCGAGAAGCUGCUCGCCAGGCUGCCAUGUUAGUAGCAACUCAGUUGAAGCUUCCACAGCGUCUGCGUUUAGCGUGUGUAGCUAAGGCUGUUUUACGUGCGACUGGUAUACCAAUGCAAUUGACUCCUCAGAAGUCAGUUACUCGUGAUGAGCCCUCUAAUUCUACUGAUCAAGUGUUUGGAUUAACUUAUUCAGAUGAUGAAGACAGCUCAGAUUUGUCGAACUAUGAGGUUGAUGAUGAGAAGGAGGGGGAUGAAGAUGAUUUCGGAACAGUUGCAAACCAGUUUGGUAGAUUACUUUCUGGACCAUUGGCUCGUUUUUAUCGUGUAUCUGUUCAUCCAUCUCGUAUACAUGGUCGUGGUUUAUUUGCUCUAAGAGAAUUUCGUGAACAUGAAAUGGUUAUCGAAUAUACUGGAGAAUUAAUUCGAAGUGUUGUUUGCGAUGCUCGAGAGUUAAAAUAUCGUGCAACUGAUGUUGAUUGUUAUAUGUUUAGAAUAGAUCCAGACUGGGUUAUUGAUGCUACCUAUGCUGGAAAUGCUGCUAGAUUUAUUAAUCAUUCAUGUGAUCCUAACUGUUACGCCAAAGUUGUAUCAAUCGAUGAAAAGAAGCAUAUUGUAAUCUUAGCUCAACGAAGAAUCUAUCCUGGUGAAGAAUUAACAUAUGAUUAUCGUUUUCCAAAGGAAUCUGAGAAAUUACCGUGCAAUUGUGGAAGUUAUACUUGUAGAAAGUAUUUGAAUUAG